AUGGGAUUAAUUAAUGCAAACUCCUCUGAACUACUUCAGAAUAAAUCUGAUCAAGUACCUAGCAAUAAAGGAGGAAAUCAGGGAAAGGAGAAAAAUCGGUUAAAAUAUAGUUUUUCGGUCGCCCAUCAAAAGUGUGCCAUACAUACGGUUCUGCACCAAGAGGCAGCAACUAGGGAGGGUGAGAGGCGCCGAAGGCCCGAGGCCCCGCAGCCCCGGAGGCGACUCCUCCCCGACUCUACACGGGGCAGUGGCCGGGCCGGGGUGGAGACAGCGCUGCAGCCGGGGCGGGACAAAUGGCAGGGCGGAACGCCCGAGUCUCACCUCCACUUCCCCUUUAGAACCCCAUUCAGCGACCACCCCAGAAACCCCUCACCAGAGAGAGAGAGACUCUCCCUGUCUCCCCCGGCCGGCUCAAAGUUUAUCGGUCUUUCCCAGCUGUCGGGGCCGCCGGGCUUUGUAGUUCGCCCGUCCGGGCCGAGCCACCAAGGCCGCAGGCCCGAGGAGCCUCUGAACUACAAUCCCCAUAAUGCCCCGCGCGCCCACCGCUCGCGGCCUCUCUCUCACCCGCUCUCGCGCAGCACGCAGUCUCCCCCGCCGCGCAAGGCCCCAGCGUCUCCGGCAGCGGGAGCUGGGGUGUGGCUGUCCACCCAAGCACCCCACCACCGGCUCUCUCGCUGGCCCCCGCCCCACCUCGGAUUCAUUACCUAG